GUUCUUACCACUCUGUUAACUGUGUGGACUGAAUUUUUUUCUUUUAAAGGUUAUAAACAUUUUAGUGCCACACCGGUGGUAAAAAAUAAUUGAACAAUUAACUAGUUUGUUGCAGACAUUAUUUAUACUUAAUCAUAAAUGUUCAAAAUAUCUAGUUUCUCAUCAGUAUAUGUAUUAAGAUGGUAGAUAUGGAAGAAAAUAGAAAAAUAAUUUUAUCAACUUUAGAAAGAGGUAUCGAUGAGGGUGAAGAAAAAACAGUACGAGAAUCACUCAAACUAUUGCAUCAACUAGAUCUCAAACAUGGUUCGUCUUCUCUUAAAUCAAACUUAGGAUAUGAUUUACUUCGUCUUUCUUUAGAAAAUAAACAUCCUAAUAUAACACAACUUUUAUUGAAAUAUGGCAUCGAAAUCAAUAGAACAAUAGCAAGAAAAACUUGUAAUACGCCUCUACACCUUGCCAUAAAAAAUAAUGACUUAAAUAUCGUAAAGUUGCUUUUGAAGAAUGGCGCCAAUACUAAAUAUCUAAAUUCAAAAGGCAAAACUCCUCUUUAUCUUGCUGUUGAGUUAGAUCAUCAAGAUAUUGCUGAAAUAUUAUUAAAAAAAGAUGUUUCUGUGAAUAUUGAUUGUCGAAGUAGCAUGGCACCAGUUCUCGUAGCUGCCUCUAAUGGUAAUGAGUAUUUGUUUAAUUUAUUAUUAAGCAAGGGUGGUAAACUCAAUCUUAAACAAUUUGAUGAAGAUUCAGCGUCAAUGCUGCAAGUAGCCAUUGAACAUCGCUAUGUAGAUACAGUUGAAAAAAUAGUUAAAAGUUACAUCAAUAAAAAAAUUAUUAAUGAUCCGAGUACCGAAAAAUUAUUAACAGUUGCGGUGAUGAAUGAGGGUAAUAUAAGUCGUAAAAUUGUUGAACUUCUAUUGAAAGCUAAAUUCCCGAUUGAUUUAAAAAAUGCUAAGAAUUCUAAAUUUAUUUGUGCUGCCCUACAAGAAAAACACUAUCUUAUUGUAAACCAACUUUUAAAAGUUGGUCUUGAUCUUGAUGAUUACUGGGAUGUAUUGAGUACCGCUUGCAAGCAUAACCAUAUAGAGACUGUCGAAGCAGUAAUUGAUAAAGUUAAAGAUAGUGACUACAAAGAUCGCACAGACGACAAUUCACUCUUAUUGAAUGCUAUUGAUAAUAUUCAUUUUAUUAUCAAGGAAGCAGCUAGAAACGGUGAAGGCGUACUUCAACAUCAUAUUAAUAUUUUUAAUAGAUGGAUUGAAAUAAUGAAAAUUUUCCUUAAAAAAGGUAUCGAUGUUAAUUUUUUAAUAAAAAAAAGAGCCAUGAUUUUUUCUUACAAUUUACAAAAUAUAACAUCUUUACACUAUCUUGCGAAUCAUGCUUCAUCACAUGCAUCUUUGAGUCUUAAGCCCAUAGCUAAUUUAUUGAUAAGUGCUGGAGCUUGGACAACUAAAAAAGAAAGUCAUAUCGAACCUCUCGAUUAUGCUAUUUCGAACGAAAAUCCAGAUGUAGUUGAAGUACUUUUGCAGCAUACUUGGGAUAUUAAUGAUGAUUUCGAUAAAGUAUCUAGUCUUCAUUAUGCAGCUAAAAAUGAAUCGUCGAUAAUUAUUGAAAUGCUGUUGAAACGUGGAGCAGAUGUUAAUGUCACUAAUACUUCUGGUAAUACUCUAUUACACACGGCUGCCGCCUCUAAGAGAAUAAAAGUUAUAGAAUGUCUACUAGAACAUGAUGCUCAAGUUAAUGUAAAAAAUUUGGCAGGUCAAACUCCUCUUCAUAUGGUGGUAACUCACGAAAGUCCAUACAAUGAAGAUGAUAUUGAUAUACAAUGUAUAGAAAUGUUAAUGAAGUACAAAGCAGACAUAGAUGUUACAGAUGAUGACUUAAUGACACCGCUUCACUGUGCGGCUAAAAAAUGUUGUCAUCCAUCAGUAAUUAAAAAGUUGUUAGAGUAUAAACCAAACAUUAAUUCUAUUAGUAGAGUCGGACUAACGCCUCUAUUGGUUGCUGCUUCCUUCAAUAGAUUGAGUAUCGUUAAAUUUUUUAUUGAAUCUGGCGCUAAUAUUUCUGAUAGAAAUAAGUAUGGUGAAACUUUUUUGCAUCUUAUGGCACGAAGAUGUACUAUUUCAAUUGAUGAGAUAUUGGAGGAUAAUGUUAACAUUAACGUCUUGACUUAUAAAAAUAAAACAGCGCUAGAUUAUAUUGUAGAAGCUAUACGUACUACUGGAUUUUCUUUUCGCUAUCAUGAAAAUGCUAAGAUUCUUAUUAAAUACAUGUUGAAAUUACACAAUAUUGGUGUGUUUAUUUGCAAGGAGAAUUUACAAGGAAUCGACAAAUAUUUGGAAACAUUCGGUCAACCAGAAACAAAAAAUAAAUCUGAUAUCGUUGUUUUUAAAGAGGAAUGCGAAAAAGAAGCAGUGCUAUUGAAAGAGAAUAAAAUAGGUAAUAGUAAUAUGACAUUCUAUAAACUUAUUAAAAAAUCUACUCAUCGGUUGGCACAAUACUUAUUGAAUAAAAAUGUAAUUAGAGACACAAAGCCGAUUCAAUACAAUAAAAAGUUUCCUAUUUACAGUGAUUUUAUUGCUAAAAGUUUGAAGAGAGGAUUUGAAAGAAAAAAUAUUCUGGAUCAAGAUGCUGGUGGUUUGAUUAAAACGAUGCUUUACAGCUUACCCGGUAGCUGUAUUGAUCAGAUUUUGAGUUAUUUAGAUAAUGAAGACUUAAAAGCAAUAAUCGAUGCUAAUAAAAUAAAAAUGGAAACUAACAAUAUUUAUACAUCAGUGAUUACCAGAUCUCGUGCUACAAAGAAACUCAAACUUUGUAAAUAGCUUAAAUAGAUCAUCCUGGGAUCAAAAUUACUUUUAAAUUCAAAAUCAUUUGUUUUUUAAACUUACAUUAAAAUAAAAGUUAUUUAUUAUUAUUCAUUUCAAUAAUACCAACAUAAUUGUU